AUGAGGUUUUCUUUCGACCUUCAGGAACCCGACGGUCAUCAAUCUCCGACGCCUAUUCCGUCGAAUGCUCCGUCUCAUUACCUUUCUGUCAAAGUUAAGGAACGAGACAGCCGUCAAUCUCCGCCACCUUCACCGCCGAAUUCAACUCCAAAAGCUGAGCUCCAAUGGUUCCUGCUGCAAAACCACCCUCUCUUCUCGUCCUCAACCGCCGCCACAGCCUCUUGCUCCUCCGAAAGAGUACGUCCGAACCUCAUGGCGUGGGAUGGAGCAUCUAGGCUUUACUUUUGGGAUUUAGACAAGAAGUGCCUCCACAGGAUUUCCAUUCGACUGGGUGAGCCUGACCCGUCCUCCAUUAUCGCGGCGUACCCUUCUAAGGUUUUGCAAGCGGAAACACCAUUGAAAUUUGAGGUCAAUAAGAUUGCAAUCAACGGAGAUGGUUCAACUUUGCUCCUAGUUGGAAUGGAAGGUCUGUGUAUUAUGUAUCUCUAUGGACAUUCUUCCUCUGCAGAAAAUACCAUCAUCUCUAAGACAGUGUUGAUUGGUACAGAAAUUUACUUCAACAGAAAUAACUUCAUGCACAUUCUCCAGAUCUGUUGGCAUCCUUACAGUCAUACACACUUGGCAAUCCUGUCCUCUGAUUCUGUUUUCCGAAUCUUUGACUUGUCUACAGACCUAGAGCAACCUGAGCAGGAGUUUUAUUUACAACCUGUAGAACCUAGCAGUUGCUGCAAUGCGUCAUCAAUUUGUCCUGUUGAUUUCGCAUUUGGGGGAAAUCAUUUGUGGGAGAGAUUCAGCGUUUUUAUCUUGUUUAGUGAUGGAUCUGUUUACAUAAUUUGCCCGGUUGUACCAUUUGGAAGUGUCCAUUUAUGGGAAUCAAUUCUGGAAAUUUAUAAUGAUGCACACACGUACGGGCUAAAAUCUGCCAAUUCAGAAUCUGUUGUAAAUUCCAACAUGGCAAUCUCCUGGCUGGAGGCAACAUUUCCUGAAUUAAUUCGUCAAGCUGGAGAUGGUGCGAAAUCAUAUGCAGUCAAAGCUCAGCCAUUUGUUAUCCUGGAUGCAUCUGUUUCAUUGCAGGGCCCUCUGCACAAAAUAUCUCAUGGCACUCCUGAAGACUCCAGCGCCAGGACAGAGUUAUGUGAGGGGCGUGCUCUAAGUCUACUCUGCAAUAUAAUUGGCAAAGAUUCAGUUCUUGUGACUGCCUACGCCGGUGGACAGCUGCAGCUGGAUGCUCUGGCCGAUGAAAUCCAUCCCAUCUGGAAAACGGGCAACCCGCCCAGUCUCUGUGUUGACUCAUCUAAUCGGAUACAACGAGCCGCCAUGAUUUGCGAAUCCACACCCCACAAUCACUCCAAUCCUGAAAAAGACCACAAAACCCCCAACAGCACCGUCUGGUUGGGGCACCCGCCUCCUCUUCUGAGGCUGGCCAUCGUCGAUUUAGCUUUGCCCGGCAAAACUAAAUAUCCGAUUUCUAUGAUUGCAGACCCCCUCGUCUCGGAACGGAUCUUUUGCAUUCAUGCGGGAGGCAUAGACUCUGUCGUGCUGCAUUUUCUCCCAUUCACUCACCAGAACAGCGAGAAGGAGAAGCAAAUGCGGGCCCCGUCCGUGUUCACUGUUCUGAGCACGUGCCUGCCUUGCGGUUCGUUCUCGCCCAUGCCUUCACCUCUUUGUGGUUUUGUUGCCGUGGCGGAUUCGUAUGGGAGCUCAUGGAUUUUGGGCUUGACGUGCUCUGGCGAGUGUGUGGUGCUUGAGAUGGAGACUUGGAAUGUGCUGCUAACGGAUGUGAUGGAUAGGAUUGUGGAGACGGCUGUUGAGAGUGACGUGAGAGAGGGGGAGACGGAUGAUAUACCCACUAUAAUUAGCAAGGAGCUGCUCAGUGGCCCCCGGCCAGUUCUGCUGCCCCCGUCGGCCCCAAACUUGAGGUCGUUGAAGGGAGAUUCGAUCGAGGGGCGGUCGAUGCUCCAUCAAUACUUCAAGUUGUUUCACGAGAAUUAUGUGGAGUAUGCCCACAAGGUGUACUUUGAACUCCAGCAUCAUGGACCUCACUUGAAAAGAAUAAUUGAUAACCAGAAUUCUCGGUUACGGGAAAUGCAACAGAAGCUUCUGGAAGUUGAAAGAAAACAGGAAAAGAUAGACAAUUGCAUGGAUCGAGCAAUAAAUUCUCACAAUUCCAUAGAAGAGCGCUUACUGAGGUUGCGGAGGCUGCCUGGAGCCCAGAAAAGACCACUUUCGAAAGCAGAGAGAGAUUUCAUGUCAGAACUGGAUAAGUUUACCGGUUUGGAGUUGGAUGCACUGCGCUCUACCAUAGAGGCCUUGAAGGUGAGGUUGCAAAGACACAUGCAUUACAUGAAGUCCAAUUCCCCAAGCAAACAAACACAAAAGCCGGGGCGAAGGCCCAAUAAGGUUCAAGACGAUGUGUCCCAACUUAAAUCUGCACUCGCCAAACUCUCACUAAUUAACACAGAGAACAGCAGAAAAGUCAAACUCCUUGACUCUGCGCUGAGAAGCAAGGAAAUCAGUGACUGA